AUUUCACACCCAUUGAAAUUAAUCAGUAGGUUGGUAACCGGUACGCGAGUAUAUUGUAUACAGUAUCUUGUCGGAUAAACUGAUUUAGCGGAAAAUUCAUUUGGCUGACCGCCUACACGUCUUUAUAAAUAAACAUACGUGUUUAGUGAGAUAUUUAUUGGAUUUUCGCGGCAAAAUGACCACCGCACCAGUGAAAAAAGUACCCAUACACUUGCAGAGUUCCCAGAACAGGCUAUUGAUUAAGAACGGCCAAGUGGUGAACUUUGACGGCAUUGAAGAAGCUGAUGUCUACAUCGAGGAUGGCAUCAUCAAACAAGUGGGCCGUAACCUUAUCAUCCCUGGUGGUACCCGGACCAUCGAUGCCACGCGCAAGCUGGUGAUGCCUGGUGGGAUCGACCCCCACACCCACUUCGAGCUGGAGAUGAUGGGGGCCAAGACGGCUGAUGACUUCUACAAGGGAACGCGAGCGGCGGUGGCUGGAGGCACCACCACUGUCAUUGACUUCGUUCUACCCAAUAAAGGACAAUCUCUCAUUGAGGCUUAUAACAACUGGAGGGAGAAAGCGGAUAACAAGGUCUGCUGCGACUACGGGCUCCAUGUAGGCGUGACCUGGUGGUCGCCAUCAGUAAAGAAGGAGAUGCAGCAGUUGGUAGCAGAGCAUGGUGUCAACUCAUUCAAGGUGUUCAUGGCGUAUAAGGACACCUGGAUGCUGGAUGACUACGAGCUGUGCCAGGUGUUUGAGACCUGCGCCGAAUUGAAAGCACUGCCUCAGGUGCACGCAGAAAAUGGUCACAUAAUAGCCAGGAAUACAGAAAAGCUACUUGCUGCCGGUGUCACCACCCCCGAGGGUCACGAGCUCUCGCGUGACGAGGAGGUGGAAGCGGAGGCUGUUAACAGAGCCUGCGUUAUUGCUAACCAGAUGAAUGCACCUCUAUACAUAGUACACAUGAUGUCAAAGAGCGCAGUGGAUGCCCUCCGCAAUGCUAGACUAAGACAAAGGAGGGCCAUUAUCGGUGAAACUCUUGCUGCUACAGUAGGCACUGACGGUAUGCACUACACGAACGCUUGCUUCCGUCACGCGGCCGCACACGUGCUGUCCCCUCCCCUGCGCCCGGACCCGGACACCCCCGAAGCGAUCAUAAAAGCACUCGCUGAGGACGAUUUGCAGUUGAUUGGCAGCGACAACUGCACGUUUACUGAGAAAGACAAAGAGAAGGGGAAAGAUGACUUUACGAAGAUACCCAACGGAGUUAACGGCGUCGAAGACCGCAUGGCUAUCCUGUGGCAGAAGGCGGUCAAUACUGGAAUGAUGGACCCGUGCCGUUUCGUCGCGGUGACCAGUGCGACAGCGGCGCGCGUGUUCAACCUGUGGCCGGCCAAGGGCUGCGUGGCGGUGGGCAGCGACGCCGACGUGGUGGUGUGGGACCCGCAGCUCGAGCGCACCAUCUCCGCCGCCGCGCACCACCACGCCACCGACUUCAACAUAUUCGAGGGGACGCGAGUCGUUGGCAGCCCUCAGUACGUGAUAGUGAACGGACGAGUCUGUCUCGAUGACGGCGAAUUGAGAGUUGCUGAAGGUCUGGGAAAGUUCCUCCCAACCCCCGCCAACUGCCCCUACCUGUACGACGGCAAGCCGCCCCUCUCUCCGCAAGGCAGUCCUCGCUACGCUUCCGAGUCUCCACAAAACUCUCCCGCUAGAGUCACCAAUGGAAACACACCUACUGAGCUACACCUGGUCAACAAACAACUGGACGGGCUGUCGGUGUCGGGCUGCAGUACCCCGACCGGCCGCAAGAUGCGCGAGCCCGGUCAGAGGAACCUGCAGAACUCCACCUUCUCCAUCAGCAAGGAAGUAGAAGGCCUGGACACGAAAACAUCUGUGCGCGUACGAAACCCACCAGGCGGGAAGUCGUCGGGCUUGUGGUAAACGGCACCGGGUCGUGACCGGACCGUGACCGGACCGGAUAGCUUGCAGCUGCUGGAUAUGCUUAUUUGUGGAAAAAUGUCAUUCAAUGUUGUAUGUGUUCCCUAUUGAAUUAUCGUAAUGGUAAUAAUAAUAAUUUAUCCCAUUCAACGAUUUAAUAUCAAUAUUAUAAUCAAAGAUUUAAAUCGUGGAUUGAAUAAAUAUUUCUAUACUUAUUAUGUCAAACUUCCACAGAACCAAUAUUUUUAAUUAUAAUUUUCGAAUUGUUUACGUCACAGAAUAGAGAAUGGUACAGAAUGAGUCUUUACAGGCCACGCAGUGGAGCCAGUGAAACUUAUAAGAAACAAACUUCACGCGUUUCCUUGAUAUCCACAAUGUUGUUAUCUGCCAUAUACAAUUUUUUUCAUAAUUUCUAUCUCACUAACAACAUAUUACGUAAAUUAAUAUCAUCAAUAUUCUACGUAUAAAAAAUACUCCAUCGUAUUUUUAUUAAUUAUCGUGAACAGUUUUUAUUUUUUUUAAAAACAUAAGACGCCAUUUUUCAUGAAUAACAUUGAAAAUUACUGAUGCGCCGCUUCGUGUCGUACUGACUCGUGAACGUAUUUGAUUUUGAUUGUUUAUUUGGAAUGACGACAUCACUGCCAUGUUCUGUGUGCUCUAUCUGCCUAUAAUUCUUUAAUCUGUUUUACCGGUUAUGGUUUACGCCAUCUAUGGGUCAGUAAUUUGAAAUAGUACAGCGCAAUUUUUACUGAAUUUUACUCAUAAUAUCCGAUACGUAUUUUGAGAAAAAGUAACAACCACAACUUAGCUUAGUAGUAGUAGUAGUAGUUUAAUUUUGAAAAGAUUCAAAAGGUAACGAAAUAAAACGUGGCUAAGUAAAAAUAUUACGAAAACUAUGAAUAUUUUUUCACAAAUUAAACGCAUUUGUGUGUGAGCUUAGAGGCGUUCAGGAACCAAUGUUAGGAUUUAAUUAAUGUUAUUUGACAUUUGCUAACAUAAUUUUUCACGAAAAGUCAUAAUCUAAAACUACUAAAAAAAAGUAAUAAAAAAAUAGUGGUUUUCACCCCAAAAAUAAAUCUAAUCUAAAAAAGUUGCAUUUUUAGCAUUUUUGAUUUAUUUUUUUAAUUAUCUUCGUUUAAAAUAUUGGUUUUCACCCCAAAAAUAAAUCUAAUCUAAAAAAGUUGCAUUUUUAGCAUUUUUGAUUUAUUUUUUUAAUUAUCUUCGUUUAAAAUAUUGGUUUUCACCUCCAAAAAUAAAUCUAAUCUAAAAAAAGUUGCAUUUUUAGCAUUUUUUAUUUUUUUUUAAUUAUUUAUGUUUACCAUUUACUAAAAAUCCAUAGAGUGCUUUAACACUGUGAAAAAUUAUGUUAGUUUUAUAUUAUGUUAGAACGCUUAGCUAUUAGUGCAUGUAUUUACUAUGUUUAAUGUAUUUAAUUAAUUAUUUAUUCAGUUAUCUAAUCUAUAGACUGCUUCACAGAGUUCGUAUAGAUAAGAUUUUUUUUUUAACUAAAUUAUGCUGAUAUACUAAUCCCAAGAUAUACAGUUGAUCGAAAAAAAUUCAUUGCAUUGUUACUUUUUUAUAUAAAAAAUUAAUAAUAUCAGUAUUUAUUUGAAAAAAGUUUCUACAGUGCGACGUUUAAAUAAGUGAAAAUAUUUUAAAAUGACAUUUAAUAAUUAUUAUCUUAUUACAGAAACUAAUUUUAGUUUUUAUUAUUUUGUUUAUUAGUCUUAAUUUAUUUUAUGUGAAAAUUGUGAUCAAAAAUAAAUGAAAAUUUACUUACAACUCUAAAAUAAACUAACCGUGUGAAAAAUAAAAAAAAAUAAAACAAAAAAUACAGAAAUUGAAACAUUCACUCUUCUUUCACUUUCUUUCAACUGUUUAUCUUUGGAUUUCUAUAUCAGCAAUAAGCUGUUUAAAAUUAUAAUAACAUCUUUUUUAUUCCUUAGUCAAAUUAGUGUAAUUGAAAGUUUAAUUUAAUUAUAAUUCAUCUAAUAACACUUUUGUAACUGGAGAUAUUUCAGUAUGUCUUUUAAACGCGUAAAAUAAUUUUGACAGAUUAUUAUUUGACACAACGUCAAAAUUGACAUCAUUCAACACAUUCCACGCGUAUUUUCAACUCCAAUUAUACCAACAGUAUAGAAUUACAAAAUAAUAUUGUAGAAUGUGUAAUUUUAUAAAGUUUUAAAUCAACUUGGUAUACAUAGCUGAUACACAAAUAUAGACAAAAUUGACAGAUUUUGAGUAUAAAUUCGAUUUAUUUUGAAUUUAAAAAAUCAAGGAAAUUGACCGUAUCCUGUUUACUUGCCUGAUUUGACAAGUUUUAAAGUAAUGCACUUUACAACUGUCAAUUAAGUGUAAUUGUGAUCCAAGUAACGAUUUGUUUGUCAUAUACUAAAUGGAUUUAACAGUGGUUAAAUGUAUUUUUUGUACUAAUAUUCGUAUCGAUUAGGCAUCUAGCUCUCAUUGAAAGAGAGCAAAUAAAAAAACUUUUUUACAAUAUUAGUCAUAGUGACAAAAUUAACUUGAACUUUAUUGUCUAUUAUCGCAUUCAACUAUUUCUAUUAUAAACACAUUCUUUAUAAAAUUUCACAUUAUAGUUUAAGGACUGCACCCGAAAAACCUAUACUAAAAACUGUUAAAUUACGUUUAAAAUAUUUAAUAUGUUCCCAUAGGUGUCAAAAAUUUAAUAAAUUAUAGGAUAUGUGAAAACAAGUGUUACAACUUGUGUAGUCACUGUAUUCUAGAAAUAUCGAAAAUCUUUUUCUAGAAUAACAUAGUCUCAAAGGACGAAGCGACAUUUUUACUUUUCUUCCAAUAUUAAUUGAGGAAUCCAUAGAACUGACGUGAAAGGAUACGUCUACAAGAACUGUUAAUUUGUUGUUAUCCUAUUAAGUAUGCCAUACCAUAAAUAGUAAUAAAAAAUCCAUAUAAAAUGACACCAUAAGAACCUAAUUUUUCAUUGAAAAGUCUUUGUCUAUAUUUUUUAUGAAGGUCUUCUUUAAUCAAUGUCAAAUAAUAUUUAGAAAGAAAUCGUGUAUCACAGUGAUUUUCCCGAAACUUACUUGUUUUUUUCGACGCAAAACAAAUGUCGUUGUUUCAGCCUGAAAUUCUACGAAAUUGAUUUACAAGCUUGGGUAUAUUUUUUUUUAAUUUUAUCAGUUUUUUUAUCUUUAUUUGUUGAAAAAUCAUUUUAAUAUACUUUUCAUCACAGAGUAUUACAAUUUUUACAUCACAUUUUAUUACUGUAUCAUGAAUUUUAUAUUAUCUCGUAGAUCGUGUAACAUUUAUAAUUUAAAAGAAUAUUUUGUAUUUUUUACAAAUAUGAAUUCGUUAUGAAUCGCUUCUUAAAGCGAUGCUACAUUGUCUUCUUGACAUUGAACGACUGUAUUUUUAAUUAAUUAAAAAUGAUUUUACUAUUUAAUUUAUCUUAUUAUAUAUUUUUUGUGUACAAAUACUGUACUUAUCGAUAUGAUUAUGGCUGAUAAAGAUUAAUUAUUAAUUAUUUAGUUUUCUCUAAUGAAACGUUUGAUUACGUAGAUUAAAAAUAUUAUGUUUAACUAUAUUUAAGCUGCAAUGUUAUGUUGUGUUAUAUUUAAAUCUUCACAUUUUAAAUAAAUAUCUAUCGCAUCUAUAGAAUAAAAGUUACCUAAAACAAAAAUAAUGUGCAUUCUUCAAAUUAGUAUAUCAAUGUCAUAUAAUGUGAAUGUUCCGGGCCUGAUUUUUUGGAUCAGUGUUUUUUUAGUCUAUAGUAGAUAUUUAAUUACUUUAAACUAAACAAUACAUCGACCCGUUUUCCAAAAAGGACAAUUUUUGACUUAGGCCAUUUUAUUUUGAAUGUGCAAUACUUAAAUCGGAAAUAUUAAACAUUACUAUUGGCAUAUAAACAAUUAAUUUCGGCUUCUGCUGACAUCUUAAUUUACGUUUAAAUUUAAUUUUUGCAUUAUGGUAAAUUUUAAACUAAUAUUUGAUGUUCAAAUAACCACAAAAAUAUGACAUUUUAAAAUGUAUUUUUAGAAUAGAUUUACACUUUGUGACGUCACGAGACGAGCCUUGCAAGUGUGUGUUUUGGCCUAUUUACGAAAAACUUUGUAGGUAACUGUAAUUGGUAGCAAUGCUAGUGAAAAAUAAAUGAAAAACUCGUAACUUACACCCUGACAGAUUGUCAGUGAUCUUUCGCGUUAGUUAAGGCGUUUUUAAAGCAAUUUAACGAAUUGAGUGAAUGAGUUUUGUUUCAAGCUUCUUUGUCUAUGAUUAAAUGUUUCUUUUUAACCUCUGUCAUAAUGACAUUUGACAAUAUUACAUGACAUUGACAGCUUACACCGGAUAUGAAUUCAAUUCCACUUAUUUUGAUUGGCUGUUUUGAACAUGAUGCGAUGCGUCCGAUACGUACAAUGCGGAUCUGUGGACAAUGAGGCGUAAAGGCAAAAGAAACGAUUUCUUCGACGCGCUCGAUUCUUCUGGUGUGCGAGGCUUCCUUUACUUCGGUUUGUUCGACACGUUCGGCUCGGAUUCGGUUCAGAUUUACGCACUGUCUGUCAACUGUUAAAUGGUUGUCUGUACCUACCCAAAGCUUACAGACUUUCAAUAGUCAAAACCUAUACCAAUACAAGACAAUGAACCAAGACUCGAAUCGUGACCGUCAAAGUGUGUAUCCGGCAUUAAAUUAACAUGACCAAAGAUCUUAAAUCUUGUAGAACGGUACCAUUAUGGACUAGUGUUACAUAGUUUUGUAAUCGGCAUCACAUAUUGAUGUGGUUUUUUAUAAUUUUUCUACGUCUGUGUCUAUUCCCGCAUUGUCACAAAAUAUACAAUUUAAUCUCGA